GCUAUUUUAGUUUUAUUUUCCAUUCACACUUUCUUGAUCUGUUCACACAUUGAGCGGGGAUUCAAUAUUCAAGAAACAAUGUUUACCAAAUAUAGAAAUGAAAAUCGUCAAGACAAUGCGAACUUUCAGCGGCGAUGACAGCAUGGCUCCGUCAUAAUCCUCAGCUACGUCAGGGAAGAAGAUCAGUGGCAAAAAAAAGUAAAAAAGUAUAUAAGUGAAACAACAAGAAGUGGGGAAAAGGUUUUAUCAUACUUUUAUAUUCUCACACAAUGUCCAAUCCCCAACAACCCAACAACCACGCUUUCCAAGCCGGAUUUUCCAAGGCCAAGGAUGAGUACGAGGCUGGAUACAAGGCUGCUAUUGGCCACCAUCACGGAGCACCUAUUGCACCCGGCCAGCAGCAACCAGGUCUUGAUCAACAGCAACAGCCUGGCCUCGGUCAACAGCAACCAGGUCUUGGUCAACAGCAACAUCCUGCUUUCGAUCAGCAGCAACAAGGUCUCGGUCAAUCUGCUCUCGAUCAGCAGCCAGGCUAUGGCCAACAGCAGACUGGUUAUGGCCAACCACAGACUGGUUACGGACAACCACAAAUGGGCAACCCAACUGCCGGCAACAUGCAACAAGCUGGUGGCAACGGUAUGAACAGUGAUGUCCAAGGUAAUGCUUACCAGCAACACAAGCACGACUUGAACCAAGACCCUGGUGCCGGAGGUGCUAUGGGAGGAGUUCGCCAGCAAGCAUAUGAUGAGCACAAGAGACACCUUGAUCAAAACCCAAGUGCCGCUGGUGGUGUUGGUGGUGUUCAGCAACAGGCCUAUGAUGAGCAUAAGGACCAUCUCGACCGAAACCAGAAUGCAGGCACUGACCGCAUGGCUGGUGGCCCCGGUGCCGGCAUCACUGGUGGAAAUCUCAACAACCAAUUGGAGCAAGAAGCUGCUGUCCACAGCGGUCCUCCUCAUGGUCUUGGCAACAAGAUCAAGUCCAAGCUCCCUCACCACUUCAACGAUGGUACCAAGGUCCCCCGUGAACUUCGUGAAGAUGUCAGCGGACAAAAUGGCCCUGGUCCUAUGUAAAUUUAAGUUCACUCGACCCUCUCACAUCAAAGCAUUAAUGCUAUAGUUCAUGUACAAAUUAUCCCAUUACUUUUACAUAUUUUAUAAGUAAACAACAAAUUAUUAGCACAAAAUCGAUUCAGCUUU